AUGCGCUCAACCUUCCGCCGUCUCGCCGCAGAUCACGCUGCAUUGCACGAGGAACUCCCUCCAAACUACCUUUUCCCUACGGAAGAAUCGUCCGAUGAUCUGACCCAACUCACAGCCCUGCUGGCCGGACCGCAGGGUACACCGUACUCCCAGGGUCUGUGGCGAUUGCACUUGAAGAUGCCAGAGGAUUACCCGAAGAGCCCACCCAAGGCGACAUUCAAGACACGCAUAUGGCAUCCGAACGUGGAGGAGUCGACCGGCGCGGUGUGCGUGGAUACACUCAAGAGGGAUUGGAAGUCGACGUUGACGUUAAAGGAUGUCCUAGUUACCAUCUCCUGCCUCCUCAUCUACCCUAACCCCGAUUCCGCUCUGAAUUCCACGGCCGGCGCUCUCCUGCAAGAAGACUACGAUGCAUUCGCGCGUCAGGCGAAGCUCAUGACAUCGAUCCACGCCCCGGUACCACCAGAUCUGAAAACCGCAGUGGUAGAGGCAAAAUCGAGGGGCGAGGAGGCCGGAACCGUUAUCCCGGAGCACGAGAGUACCCGCAGUCUGCGAACACGCACAGGAACAAGGGUCCAGUCCUUGACGAUGAAAAUGAAGAAGCCCACUCCGCAGACGACCGCCGAAACCUCACAUCCACUCCCCCAAUCACCCAACCACAACCCAUCGAACCAAUCCGACGGCCACGACAACAGCCCACAAACAGACGAUGAAAGCGACGGAAACAACCGCCCUUCCACCUCCAAAGAAAACGACCCAUCCCUCUCCCCCUCCCCCGUGAAACUCGCCCCUCCAAGCCCCAGGAAGAACGCCCACGGCAAACGACCCCUCUCCGUCCUCACCAUGCCCCUAGAUCCAGACCCAGACUCAGCACCCAUGGACCCCGCACCCGCACGAACAGCAGACAAAUCAACAAUGACCGCCUCGGAAAAGAACAUCGCCGCCAAUCACCCCCACCACGCACCGGACCGCGACCCCUCCCCGCAGCCGCAACGAAAAUCCCCGAAGCUAUCCCUCCUCAACAAGGGUGUCAACGCCUCCGGCCGCGUCCGAGACGACGUGGUCAAGAUCUUCGAAGACGCCUCCGAAUCGCUCGACCUGCAGUCCCAUCGCAGCGACGACGGCAAGGAGAAUCACACUUCACUCAAUGGUUCCAAGGAGAUGGGCCACUCAGCACGGAAGAGUCAUCCGCACUAUCCCUCGUCUCUUCUCGCCCCUUCCGCCGCGAUUACUUGUCCGUCGGGCUCAAAGACCUCCAGAGCGGUGUCUGGCUCGCGGAAGGUCUCAUCCUCGAGCAUGAAGAAGGCAAAGCCCCGGACUGGGAUCCGCAGGUUAUAG